GAUGUGGGUGCCACGUGCAUGCUGCGGUUCCUUCUGUUAUAAUUCAUCAGGAUUGUACAGGCACUGCAAUGUUUCGCGAUCUCCAACACACACCCCACUCUCAAGCGUAGUUUAUAUCCAUCCCUCAGCGAAAUGUCAGGCUUCGGACCUGACCCUUACAAUCGUUGCUCUUCACCAUUGAGAGAGGAGCUAAGCCACCCAGAACAACCACAGGACCCGGGAGAUACUCGACUCAGUGGAAUUCAACGCGUUAUCAUCAUUGCCAUUCGUGUGACUGAUCUCACUCUCGGUCUUCGACAAAUCCCCGCUGGCUUCCAUGUGACAGUCCAAGCUGAUGGUGCUGAAUGGCAGACAACCAACAAACCCAUACAUGUGGUGGAGGACGUCGUCGUUUGGGAUGAGCACGUACUGUUGCCAUCCGAGCCAUCUUCUAAAGUUCGGGUCAAUGUCUAUGCCUCAUUUGAAUUGGUUCCCAUGCUCAGUCAUGGAGAGCUCCUCCGCACAUUCGAUAUCUCAGUUGGAGAAUUACUUGAUCGCAGUGAAAAGUCACAACCCAUCCUAUUUCAGCCAAAGGCAGGGGAAGUCGUAUCCCCGUGUACUUCACUGUUCAUGACGGUGGAGCAGCGACGUUCGGAUGAAUAUGAAGCUGCAAUUCUUCGCCCCCUUGAUACCCUCACGUCCAGCGAUGUGCGUGCGCGGAUACUAGUAAAGACGGAUGCCGGACAUCGUCUUCUCGCACGAUACCACAGGACGCAGAACAAUAGGGAUCUCGAUCAAUCCAUAAAACACUUCGAACGCGCCUCUGAUCUCUGCCCCGUUGAUCAUCCCUGCCGGCCUGCGACAUCGUCCAAUCUAGCGACCACGAAGUUCAUUAGUUUCCAGGUUAAUGGAACCUACCUCGACCUCGACAUCCCCAUCUCUCUCUUUGAUGAAGCCCUUGAUAUGCGUCCCACUGGUCAUCCAGACCGACCUCUCACCCAACUCCAUCUUGCCAUCGCUCUGCUGUCUCGUUUCGCGAAACGGGGAUUUCAAGCGGAUGCUGACGCCGCUAAAGAGUUACUGAAUGAAGUUCGCAAUGUCUGCCUCGCCAACAGCCACCUAUACAAAGCAGCUCUUCUUGCAAUCGAAACCUCUGCUUCUGGCAGGAGCACCGAUGCAAAUACACUUCAGGCAGAGGGGCCCAUUGCAUCUAUGCUUCCCUACUCGACGGAUGAACUUGAUACUAUAGCACGGCGCAUGCUGAACGAGGGCAAUUGCUGUCUAGCCUGGGUACAUUCGCUACACACUCGCUUCAUGCGUCGAGGCAAUAGUCAUGACCUCAACGAGGCCAUUGCGUCUCACAAGGAAGCGCUGGGUUUUAACUCAGUCGGUCACCAAUAUCGGUCCAUGUCAUUGAAUGGCCUUGCAGUAGCACUCUCCACUCGCUUCAACCACCAACGCAAUGACGAAGACUUAGAUGAGGCUAUCGUGCUUAAUAGCGAAGCGCUGGCCCUGCACCCAGUUGGUCACCCAAACCGGUCCACGUCAUUGAAUAACUCUGCUACCGCGCUCUCCACCCGCUUCCAGCAUCGAGGCGAUGACCAAGACUUGGAUGAGGCUAUCAUCUUUCACAGAGAAGCGCUAGCCUUGCGCCCGGUCGGUCACCCAGAUCGCACCGAAGGCAAUGCCCAAGACUUGGAUGAGGCUAUCCCACUUCACAGGGAGGCGCUGGCUUUGUUCUCGGUCGGUCACCCAGACCGGUCCACGUCAUUGAAUAACUUUGCUACUGUGCUCUCUACACGCUUCAAGCACCGAGGCGAUGACCAAGACUUAGAUGAGGCUAUCGUGCUUCACAACGAAGCACUGGACUUGUGCCCGGUCGGUCACCCAGAUCGGUCCUGGAUAUUGAGUAACUUUUCUAGUGUGCUUUCCACUCGCUUCGAGCACCGAGGUAAUUAUCAAGACCUGGAUGACGCUAUCGUGCAUUGCAGGGAAGCGGUGGCCUUGUGCCCAAUCGGUCACCGGGAUCGGGUCACGUCGUUGAUCAACCUUGCAAAUCGACUUUACAACCGCUUCGAGCACCAAGGCAAUGAGCGAGACUUGGAUGAAGCUAUCUCGCUUCACAGGAAAACGUUGACUUUGUCCCCGGUCGGUCACCAAGAUCGGACCGUGUCAUUGGAUAACCUUGCAAUUCAACUUCGCAUGCGCUCCAAGCAUCGAGGCGAUGACCAAGACCUCAACGAGGCCAUUGCGCUUCACAGGGAAGCGCUAGCAUUGUUCUCGGUCGGUCACACAGAUCGGUACAAGACAUUGGGUAACCUUGCGGGUGGACUCUAUGACCGCUUCCUGUGCCAAUGCAAUAACCAAGACUUGGAUGAGGCUAUCGCGCUUCUCAGGGAAGCGAUGACCUUGCGCCCGGUCGGUCACCCCGAUCGGUCCUUGUUGUUGGAUGAACUUGCAAAUCGACUUAACUCCCGCUCCAGUGGCCAAGACUGGGAUGAGGCUAUGCUACUUCACAGGGAAAUAAUGUCCUUCCCCACCGUCCGUCACGCAGAUCGGUCCAUGGCAUUAAAUAACCACGGGAUUCGACUCUACACCCAUUUCGAGCAUCAAAACAACGCCAAAGACUUGAACGAGUCACUAGAGAGUCUCCACCGCGCAUUGACUCUGUUGACACAACACGAUCCUCGUCAAUUAACGGUCCAUCGGUCGCUAGCUAGCGCCUAUCUGAUUAUCCAUUCAUCAGGACUUGACGGCACUGACAAAGAUGCCGACACAAAUGUUGUCUCUGGAGGUUUGCUACUUCGCCUGCAAGCAAGUCUCUACUGGGUUCUCCGUGCUGUUGAAUAUGCACAUGACACUGAACUGGAGGCCUAUGAAACUUCCAUACAACUUCUGGAUGUUUUCAUGUCUGCGACAGCCUCGGUGUCAUCUCGCCAUCAUAACAUGAUGGAAUUCCCAAGCACACUUGCAGUUGAUGCUGCAUCAUGUGCUCUUCGUCGUGGUGAUGUGUGCCACGCUGUAGAGUUGCUGGAACAAGGCAGAACUCUUAUCUGGACCCAGAUGGCGCGACUCCGUACGCCUCUUGACAGCCUCCAGGAACGCGGACCUCACGCACAAGCUCUGAUGAAGAAGUUCCGGGGCCUCAGCUUGCUACUUGAUCGACCUCCUGCGUAUCAUUCAGAAGGGACGUCAGGAGUCGGCACAGAAGCAGCAGCUACCCGGUACAGACAUCUAAUGGGGAGCUGGAAUGCAACUGUGGAAAAUAUCAGGAAGAUCGAUGACUUCGGUCGCUUCCUACUUCCCCCCUUGUUCUCCGAGCUCCAAGAUGCUGCUCGUAACGGCCCUAUCAUUGUUCUCGUUGCAAGCAAGUCGUCUUGCGAUGCAAUCAUCAUCCCACACCAAGAACCUCCGGUCAGUGUAGGACUCGCUAUUAAUGCAGAAAAACUCGUGCGAUUGGUGCAUACACUCCAACGGGCGGUGGAAAGCGAGGCGCAGAAACAAGCAAAGCUGGUAAAAGUUUUGAGGGAGCUGUGGGUCAAGGUAGUGCAUCCUGUGGUUGAAAAUCUAGCCAGAGUUGCGAAGCCAGGGUCGCGAAUAUGGUGGUGCCCAACCUCAUUCUUCAACUUCUUGCCUUUGCACGCCGCUGGCGAAUACAGGCCCGGUGGAAAGUUCCUUUCGCAGCUAUAUGUUUCUUCCUACACCCCAUCACUUACCGCGCUGAUCAAGGCUCGCAGAAGUCACGACAGGUCCCUGUCUGUAUCCUUUGCUGCCAUUGGUCAGAAUCACCCACCAGAACAUUCAUUUGCUUUGAAAUUUGUCGAGCCUGAGCUAGACUUGGUGCAGAGUCUCCUACCCCCUUCCCCGACCGUUUCCUUCACCAAAGUCACGAGCGUCGAAUCAACGAAAUCGACUGCCUUGCGCACAUUACGAGCUAACCAUUGGAUCCAUUUUGCCUGCCAUGCGACGCAAAACCUUGCAGAGCCUUUCAAGUCGGCAUUUCUCAUGCGCGACCAACCGCUUCAACUUCUAGAUAUCAGUCAUAUGGAUCUCUCUCGGCACGAAUUUGCAUUUCUCUCUGCUUGCGAGACCGCAGUCGGCGACUUCGGAACUCCUGACGAAGCCAUUCACUUGGCGGCUGGCCUACAAUUUUCUGGGGUGAAGAGUGUCAUUGGGACAUUUUGGAAUGUCAAUGACAUCACCGUGCAACGCUUGGUCAUGGAAUUCUACAAGAAUUUCUGCGGGGAUGGCAAGAUGAAUUCAAAAAGAGCUGCCCGAGCGCUGCACAGAGCAGUCCAGUCAUUGGCUGGUGAUAAGGCUGUGCCCUUGGACCAGCGCAUCGUGUUCAUGCAUAUCGGCUUAUGA